AUGAAUGAUGCUCUCCAGCUCCGUGCGGAGUCGCGUUCAUCCUUAAUCGCUGUCGUUCUCGAUCUCAACCCUCUCGCAUGGGGGUUCAAGGCCGCUCAAGAUGCUCAGAGGACAUCCAAAUCAGAGUCAUUUGUCCAAGCACUUGAUGCCACGCUCACCUUCAUCAGUUCCUACUUGCUUAUGACUCAUGGGAAUCAAGUCGUUGUUGUCGGAGCGCAUCCCCUUGGAGCCGAAAUCCUCCACCCGACGAACGAAUACAGUGGUAAUACAGCGAGCAUGGUCAACCGCCAGAUUGAAGCCAAAAUAAACGAUCUCUGCCGGAGCACUCUCCUCGAUGAUUCCAUCACCGACGUCUCGACCUCGCCAUCCUCUAGAUUCAACAAUGCCUUGUCCAAAGCACUGUGCUGCAUUAACCGAAUGAAGAGCGAUAAAUCUAACAUGCCUGCGCGAUUGCUCGUCCUCAAGUGCGGCGGCGACUUUCUCUCGCAUCAGUACUUACCCUUGAUCAACUGUGCUUACGCCGCUGAACACCUCAAAGUGAGCAUCGACGCUGUUGUAUUGGAAGCAGAGGUGGACAUACCUGUCUUCCAGCAAAUGGUUGACGUCACCGGCGGCGUUUACUCUCGAGUCACCGAACCAGCCACACUCCUUCAAACGUUGCUGACGUAUCAUCUUCCUGACGACGAUGCACGGAAGAUACUGUCAAAGGUUCCCUCCACUCCAGUCGAUAGCAGAGCUGUGUGCUUCAAAACGCGGACUGUGACCGACAUAGGUUAUGUCUGUAGCGUCUGUCUCUCUGUGUAUAAGAUGCUGACUCCAAUCUGUAUCACCUGUAAAACAGUGCUCAAGCUUCCGGGAAUGCCGCCAAGUCGGAAGCGGAAACGCGAAAAGUAG